AUGCCCGCGGAAGCCUCAACACCAGUCUACGCAUCCUUCCCAGCGUCAAAACUAACAAUAGGCGCUGGCGUUGCCAUCUUUCACCUUGCUUCGGAGCGAGUCGUAGUAUGCUAUCAUACGCGGGAUCACUACUGGUUCUUACCCAAAGGAAGACGCAAUGCCAACGAGGACACCAACCGAGCUGCAGAGCGAGAAGGCUUCGAAGAGUCGGGUUACAGAAACAGAGUCUUGCCUUUGCCUCUGAGGCAUAGGCAGCCGGAUCCAGAUGAAGGCCACCAACGAUUUGUGACGGAGCCCAUAUGGACGCAAUUCUUACCGUUGACGACAACAUCCCAGUACUUGCUCUUCUGGUACGCGGCAGAGACCGUGCCUAGAGCCAUUGAGGAGUCUUACGUCGUGCGGGCGAGUGAUGGCACGAUCACGCAUGCUAGAGUAUACAAGCAACCGCUGCCUUUCCCAGCCGAUAUGAAUUUGAGGCAGAGAAUAGCCAUGGACUCAGUGGCUGGCCCAGAUGGUUCGCGGAAGAUUUACGAGCCUUUCUGGCAUGAAGGUACUGGCGUCGAUGAGGAAGAGGCGUUGUAUACCAGCCAUCUACUGCCCGUCGAUGAGGCUAGGUGGAAGUUGAAGGGCAGUAUAAUGGAAGAUAUAAUUAAGAGAGCUUGGGAAGGCGUUCAGCUUAGGCUAGAGAUGGAAAGUGGUUGA